UCGAUCAUGGAAACGAGCCGAAGGUUGGCAGCUUUGCUGCUUUUGGUGAACCUGGUUAUCGAGUCCAAAUCGAAAGGGAUUCAGUCAGCAACUUUGAUCCUUUUAAAGGAUCUAGACGUCCCCAUAAACGAGGUAAAGGAUAAGAUCAUUAAUGCCGCGGAAAAGGAAGCUCUCCGAGCCCUGAGGACUUCGGGACAGGUGAUCAUGCUGCAAACUGGAGGAAACGCGCGCUCCAAGAAAUCCCCUGUAAUCUCGAAGGAGAACACCUUAUCACGGCAAGAUAAAAAAGCGAAAUCUCUGUCGAAUGUGCAAACCCGGAAGAAACGGGAAAGAGGAUCGACGGCUGCCGAGCACGAUCCAAAAGAGCAUCCGGAAACGGUCCAAAAUCAGGAUCAGGACCAGAAGUUCGAUCCAUCCCAAGUUCAGCGAAGAACGAUUCCUAUGAAGCCGACGGAGGCUCCAAAUGUUCCCCAAGAAUUUGAGCCUAAAAAGACUAGAAGAAAAGUCCCUAGAAGGAAUAGCGGUCGAGGCCAAGGAACCACGGCGAUAACAGCGACGAAUGUGGAGUCAACGCCAGGUGUAAUAAACUUGGAGACUUCGACAACGAUUCCACAAAAUAAUAGUCGUAGGAGGAGAAGGAAGAAACCAAGAGGUGAGGCUAUACCACCAACAAACGCCACAUCCCCGGAAACGCAAAAGAUAUCGGCAACAAGAGCAAGCGAAACGAUUCAACCAUCCACAACGACUAUAAAUUCGGCAUUCAGAUGGAGACAUUCCAAGAUCAGGGAUCCUAGAACCGAAGGAAAUGUUCAACAAGACCCUACCACGUCUCCACAGCCUCGACAGAUCUGGACCACUCAAACGUGGGCAGCCCCCCAGCGAACGUCCACCACGGAGGAGUCCAUAAAUUCGGAAAAUUCGAUACAUCUCCAAGAAGAGACUCCAAAACCGUACGAGGAGAUCUUAGAGAAGAAGAAAAGCAGAGAAGGCUUCGCCCCUUUCGAUCCAACAUCCUCGCCAGAGCCGUUCAGGCCGGCCAAGGGACCGGGAAGAACAAGACACCCCAAGAAUUUGAUACCCCAACAAGAUAAGACCUCGAAACCCAUCGAGGAUGUCCUGGAGAAGAAGAAGAGCAUAGAAGACUUCAUGCCCUUCGGCUCCGCAUCCUCCCCGGAGCCGUUCAGAUCCUCCAAAGAUCCAACAGGAACAAAAGAGGAGAUGAGACCUGACGAGGAGGAGGAACCACAUCAGCUGGACCACACCACACCUCGCGAGUUCCAAACAAAAAGGAAGAAAUUACUGAAGCAAAAAAUAAGCGACAUACCAUCGCCCAUACACCCUGACUACGAAGUGCCAACCCAAUCGAUCGGUUAUCCUACUUCUUCGAAUCCACCUUCUAGAUACAAGAAGGUGAAGAUCCCCAGGAAGGUGCCCACAACAAUCCCGGAUUACGGUCCAGAAAACGAAGACUCGCCUACGGAUGCAAUCCCCGAACAAAGUGGAGAGUUCAUCACCAGCAACGAUCCACCACUGUCCAUUAAUCGACGCCAUUUUGGAGACUCUUCAUCCGAAGAAGAGGACGAUGGCUUGAAGAAGUUUUCCCCGGUGUCACGUCCCAGACCGUUCAGGGUGACCGCUGAUAACCCCAAGGAUCCGCAGAGUCUAGACUCCAGGGAGGUCCAACAGGAAGAACAAGAGUCGCCUGCCAAGUUGGAUGAGCAAAAUUCGGACUUGGAGGUAAAUUCGGGACCCCACGACGUGGCGACGUCUGCGACUGCUUUCCAGCACGUAGAUAAUGGGAGGCGCCGUGAUAAGAACUCGAAGGGACCUGAUGAUUACGACCACGAUGACGUGGUGGGAGCCCUGGAGACUGUGGAAAACGCGAAGGUUCAGGAAGUUGAAGCCGAAGCGCAGGGGACUGUCCAGGAUCUCAAACACGAGGAGAGCAACAAGGAGGACAAGCAUGACGAUGAUGAGGAUCAUCACCAUGCCGUCGAAAAAGGAGUCGAACAGGAACACGAUGAGGAGCAUCACGAAGCUAGCGGAGAAAACGGAGACAAGGGCUACGAAACCUGGCACGAGCACGAUAAGGCGGAAAAGGGGCAUCACGAUAAGGACGAUCAUGUUCGUCAUUACUCGGAGGAUCACGGGGAGGAGAAAAAGCACGAUGACGAGGGUGGGUAUCACGCGGAACAUCACUUCGGGGAGGAGGCUGAAAAGGAUGCCGAGUAUGGCGAAAAGGGUGAACAUCAGAAGGGCCACAGCACGAAAGGAAAACACACGAUUCAUAAGAAGGAUGAGUAUGAGAAGAAGACGGAAUUCUUUGACGAGUUCAACGAAGACGGAGGGAUGGCAAAGGACGGGGAAUUCCAUCAUGAACACGAAGAGCAGAAAGGAGGGCACAAGAAAACCGGUCACCACGACUCCGGACACCACGAAGAAGACCAUGGCAAGGGGGAGAAACACGAAGAAGGCCACCAUCGAGACGAACACGUGGGUCACAAAAAAGCCGUUGGACAACAAAAGCAUCACAAACAUGGGGAGAAACACGGAGAAAAGGGCGACCACCAGGAAGGCCACAAAUGGGCCUACAAGAAGUCCGAAGGUGGAGAUGACCAGAAGAAAGGAAAAGGACGCAAGUGAGAUUCCCUGUCCAGAAAUUAGUACCAUAAACUCAUGCCCGACUUCGCGUUCCGGGGGGACCAGAAAGGAAGUCUUCGACCCUGAAGAACAUCCCGAGGGAUUUCGGUUGUUGGACUUUCUCAACGA